AUGCCUCAUCCCGUCUCCCCCCCGUCUCUUCCGACGGCCAUCUCUAAGGCUGCCCCUCCCCCACCUUCACAGCAAGAUGUUACGGCUUUUCUCGACACCAUCUUCACCGCGCAGUCCUCCAACGUCUGCAUAGACGCCUGCUAUGCGCUCUGCGAACUGCUCCUCAACUCGGUUGGUGUUGUCGGCCUCAACCACUAUGGCAUCAUUGCCGAAAUCAAAAAGGCCGCCAACGAUAAGAAGAGCGGCGUCCGCCGCGAGUCCAGCCAAAAUCUUCUCGGCGCCAUCUUCGAGCGGUUUCCACCCCGACAGCCUAUAAGUCAGGUCGUUCUCCUCAACCCUACCGAUGGCCUUGUCGCCUGCGCCCUCGACGCUCUUGCCGACAAGGGUGCCGUCGUUCGCGAGGCUGCGCAGUAUGGCCUCGACGCCCUCUUCAACAGCCUCUGUGCCGAGAGCCUCGUCUCUGGUCUUCUUCCUGUUCUGACUACUUACCUCUCCAAGAAGACUGGUAAGUGGCAGGGUACUGUCGGUGCCUACAAGCUCCUCCAGAGAAUGGCCGACAAGUCCAAGUACACUGUCGGCACCACCAAGGAGGAGGCUGCUGAGAAGGAUGUUCUCCGCGAGGCCAUGGGUGCCAAGCUCGCCUCUCUCAUCCCCGUUGUCGAGGAGGGUAUGCACGACCUCAAGGCCGAGGUUGAAAAGCAGGCUGUCCAAACCAUGAACUCUCUCACCGGGCUCCUCUCCAAUGACGAUGUUGCCCCUCGUAUUCCGCUCCUUAUCGACACCAUGCAGCAUCCUUCGACUCAGACGCUGCAAAAGGCCAUCCACGCUCUUUCUCAAACCACCUUCGUCGCCAUUGUCACAUCGCCCGUUCUUGCGCUGCUUACUCCCUUCCUGGAGCGUAGUCUGAACAACCCCAACACUGCUCAGGAAAUCUUGCGCCAGACUGUCGUCAUUGUUGAAAACCUCACCAAGCUUGUCCACGACCCCAUCGAGGCCCGCACUUUCCUUCCCAAGCUAACACCUGGUGUCAAGGGUGUUUGCGAUCGCGCUUCACUCCCCGAGGUCCGUGAGCUUGCUGAGCGCGCUCUCGCUACCAUGAGGAAGGCCAUGGGCGAGGACAGUGACAUUAUUGCCCGCACCACCCCUGAAGACGUUGCCAAGGUUCUUGACGCCGAAAUUCAAAAGCACGGCGGCCUCACGGGUCAGCUCGAUCUGUACAAGCUGGCUCAGCCGUAUAUUUGUGACAUGGUUGCUACUAACGCCAACUACCGCUUCGUUAGUCGCAUCGCCGCUCGCAUCACGCCUUACCUACACAACCUGGUCCAGGACGCGGAGGCUCCUGCUGCCAUUGGUGAUGCCGUCCAGAAAUUCUACGUCGAUGAAGACCACCGUCGAUUCGGCGAGCCCGAGAAGGAGGACGACGGCGAGGUUGAGAUUGUCAAUGCCGACUUUUCUCUUGCCUACGGUGGUAUGCUGCUGCUGUCUCACACCAACCUGCGACUUCUCAAGGGUCACCGUUAUGGUCUCUGCGGGCGCAACGGCGCUGGCAAAUCUACUUUGAUGAGAAGUAUUGCCAAUGGCAAGCUUGAGGGUUUCCCUCCUCAAGAUGUCCUCCGUACCUGUUACGUUGAACAUAAUCAGGGCGAAGAUGCUGAUAUCAGCAUUCUUGAGUUUGUCGCCAAGGACCCCGAAAUCGGCCCUCAAGGCACCGAGCGCAUUUCUGCAGUUCUGGAAGAGUUCGGCUUCACAUCCGGUCCCGAGGGCCGCCAGGGCCAAAAAGUCGGCUCCCUUUCUGGAGGUUGGAAGAUGAAGCUCGCCUUAGCCCGUGCCAUGCUGCAAAAGGCUGACGUGCUGCUGCUCGACGAACCUACUAACCACUUGGAUGUCACAAACAUUGCCUGGCUUGAAAACUACCUCAAGUCGCAUCCUGACAUCACCAGCUUGAUUGUCUCUCACGACUCCGGCUUCCUCGACAAUGUCACGACUGAUAUCUACCACUACGAGCCCAACAAGAAGCUGGCCUGCUACAAGGGCAACUUGGCCAACUUUGUCAAGAUCAAGCCCGAGGCCAAGAGCUACUACACCUUGUCUGCUAGCAACGUUCAGUUCAAGUUCCCGCCUCCCGGUAUUCUGACCGGUGUCAAGUCGCAGACUCGCGCUAUCAUCCGCAUGACGAAUGUCUCAUACGCAUACCCCGGCUCUCCCAAGCCCUCUCUGUCGGACGUGUCUUGCCAGCUGACGCUUUCCUCCCGCGUUGCCAUUAUCGGCCCCAAUGGUGCCGGCAAGUCGACGCUCAUAAAGCUGCUGACUGGAGAAGCCAUCCCCAACACGGGCAAAGUCGAGAAGCACCCUAACCUGCGUAUCGGGUACAUCAAGCAGCACGCCCUCGAACACGUCGAGAUGCACUUGGAAAAGACUCCCAACCAAUACCUUCAGUGGCGCUACCAGCAUGGUGAUGAUCGUGAAGUACACAUGAAGCAGAGUCGUCUCCUCUCCGAAGCCGACCGCGCUCAGCUCGACAAAUGGGUGGACCUCAAGGACGGCAAGUCUAGCAGACAGAUCGAGGCCCUCGUCGGUCGCCAAAAGUACAAGAAGACGUUCCAGUACGAGGUCAAGUGGCGCGGCCUGAUGCCCAAGCACAACUCGCAAGUCUCGCGCGAGACGCUUCUUGAGCUAGGCUUUGACAAGCUCAUUCAGGAAUUCGACGACCACGAGGCGUCCCGCGAGGGUCUCGGCUACCGCGAGCUGCAGCCGUCGGUCAUCUCCAAGCACUUUGAGGACCUCGGUCUGGACCCCGAAAUCGCCAACCACAACGAAAUUGGCUCGCUGUCGGGCGGCCAAAAGGUCAAAGUGGUCAUUGCCGGCGCCAUGUGGAACAACCCGCACUUGCUCGUCCUCGACGAGCCUACCAACUUUUUGGACCGCGACUCGCUCGGUGGCCUCGCAGUCGCCAUCCGCGAGUUCAGGGGCGGCGUCAUCCUCAUCUCCCACAACGAGGAAUUUGUCGGCGCCCUGUGCUCGGAGCAGUGGCACGUCCGCGACGGCCAGGUCGCCCUGCGCGGCACCGCCGCCAUCAGCCUCGACCGCUUCGAGGACAGCAGCAAUCCGGCCAGCGGCGUCGCCAGCGCUGUUGCCUCCACAGCUGCGUCGACGGCCGCCAACUCGGUCGUCUCGUCUGCCGUCAACUCGGGCGCCGAAGACAACUCGGACAUGAAGUUCAAGGCCAAGAAGAAGCGCAAGAUGACCAAGAAGGAGCUCAAGGAGCGCGAGGUCCGUCGUCGGCUGCGCCACAUUGAGUGGCUCAACAGUCCCAAGGGCACGCCCCAUCCUGUCGAUACCGAUGACGAGGAUUAA